AUGGCCAGGAUUGUCUGAGGAGUUCUGCUGUAGGCAUAUCUACAACUUAGUAUUUGUGAAGAUUCUUUUUUUUACUAAGAUUUCUCAGCAGUGGCUCAACCUGGCUCAGUUGUGGCUCAGUGCUUCAUUGGGUCCGUGCCUGUUUGUGGUCCACAGUAAAACAGAGAACAAGCUGCAGAGGCGUCCUAGGAGCACGUCCAUGAAGGACCGACAGAACUCCAAGGCCCAGAGUGACAGGACCAGCAGCAUCGACAGCGAGACAUCCCCGGAAUCCAAGAUCGCUGUCCAGGUGUGUGUGAGUGUGUGCGCAAUAGUAAAGUAAGCUUGUGUGUGUGUGUGUACAAGAUGUACAUAUGUGUAUACAGAUAGAUCAUCUCUUUGACUUCUGCCUCUUCCUCCGCCAGGUCCCCAGGAAGUCCGUGUACGACCAGCUGAACCAGAUCCUUAUCUCUGACGAGCAGCUCCCCGAGAGCAUCAUCCUCAUCAACACCAUAGACUGGCAGGGCCAGGUAGGCUACCUCUGUGUGCCUAAUGUUGUAAGAACAAAGGGGCACUAUCUGGUCGUAGAAAAGCAUUCUAAACAGUUGGUAUCCACAUGGUACCAAAUGGUGCACUUUUUGGAAAGAUACAAAAUCGUAAUUGCAGUAUUGUAUAAAUACUAUGAAAUGACCCUCUUACCAUAUUCUUUCUAGUGUAUUAUGCUACUCAUUCUAUCAGUAGUAUUUGCAUCAGCUGUGCACUCAACAAACAUACUCCUUUUAGGAACAUGCGCAAGAUCAGGUAUUUUUAGACAUUCAUAUCUCUAAGCCUAGCUGGAGAAAGGCUUAGCAAUCAGGGGGAAUCCAUUGCUUAUGUGAACAUAAUGCAACUCUGAAGCAUGUGCACUCACAAACACAGGCGCACGCGCAUGUACACUCACACGCACAGACCUGAGGUCUUCUGAGUCGGCUUCUGGCUGACUAGCUCAGUUGAUCCCAAGCCCCCUCUCACCUCUGUCUUGAAACCCCUUUCACCCCUUUUCUCGCUCUCUCUCUGCCCCCUCUCUCUCUGUCUCUCCUUCCCUCCCUGCAGUAUCUAUCUGAGAUUCUCCAUGAGCACAGCCAGCCUAUCGUGUGCACCAUCUCUGGUGCGGAUGUCCAUGCAGCCUUCAACACCAUCGUCACCAGGAUCCAGAGAUUGUAAGAACUUGCUUCCUCUGCAGAACAUGGUCUCUUUCUAAUUCAAUGGUUGUAGUUGAGAGAAAUACAUCUAUUUAACUUUAACUUGGCUUCAUUGUAAAAAUGUACCGGUUUCUUGUAGACUUUUUAAUGUGAAUUUAAAUUCAGUGGUCACCAAGGCAAGUGGAUCUUAUGAUGAUCAUGAUUAGGGACGUAACAUUUUUGAUAUGUGAAACGUUUUGGUAGCCCUUUCCAUUACAGUGCAGAAUAAAGGCGUCAUAACAUGGUAAUAAAGUGGAAACAAGUUACUGUUUCUCGUAAUGUUUUUUCCCCACUUCUCUGGCUAGCUGUAACUGCAACGCCCAAACACCCCCCACCAUCAAAGUGGCGGUGGCCGGAGACCAGAGUUACCUCAGCACCAUCCUCAGGUGCUUCGUGGAGCAGCUGGCCAACAAGACGCCUGAUUGGCUCAGCUACAUCCGCUUCCUGGUCAUCCCUGUCGGUAAGCAACAAUUCAGCCAAUCGCCAUGGAGUCCAAGGUCGGGUUAGUCGUCAAUUCCAUUUAAAUUCAGUAGAUUUAGGGGAUAAAUUGAAACUCUCAUUUGUGCAUUGAAAAAGUCCACAAACUGUAGAAAAGAAUGGCCUAUUUCCAAUUCUGCACGCAUAACUCAUGACUCCAAUAAAUCAUGCAUUGAUGUCAAACGGAAAACUGCACGCAAAACAAUAGUUACAGGAACAGAUCUGAUAUAGGACCCUGGGUAUCAUAGCAGGCUAACAACAUACAGACUAGAAACGUUUUCCUGUUUCUAAUCAGUCUGCUCCUCCCUCUGCAGGCACUCACCCUCUGGCCAAACACAUGUCUUCGUUCGACAGCAAGUUCAACAACAUCUUCAUGGACGCCGGCUGGAGGGACUUGUUUGGCAGACUGGAGGCCCCAACAUCAGGUACGGCAGACAGCUAG